GUUUGUCCUCGGCCCGGGGAGGGUGGGGUGUUGGCUGGAGAGUUUGUGAAAAGUUGUGAGACCAGCAGGAGGAAGUGGGGAGAGAGGCGUUGGGUCUGUUCCGGAGGCCGAGCACGGGGUGGUCUUAGGUGACUCCCGGGGAGCCCUCGCGUCUGGAAAGGAGCCGAGCGCCUGCAUGAAAAGAGAGACCUGCUGGGAAGUUCGCUUCUACCUGAGCCCGGAAUUCCAGCGUCGGGUCCCGCAGCCCUUCCCCUGCGUGGUGGCUCUGGUGGCCGCGUCCGCGCCCCAGCCAUGAGGAUCCGGAUGGCCGUGAGGUGGACGUGGGCAGGCAAAAGCUGCCUGCUGCUGGCGCUUUUAACAGUGGCCUACCUCCUGGUGGAACUCUCCGUCUCCACUUUCCAUGCCUCCCCAGGAGCCGGCCUUACCAAGGAGCGGGGGCCAAGACAGCUCUCAGAGUCCGGGAAGAAAGUAGUGGAUUUGUCUCGACCGCUUUAUGAGAAGCCCCCUGCAGAUUCCCAUGCACUUGGGGAGUGGGGGAAAGCCAGCAAACUCCAGCUCAAGGAGAGUGAACUGAAGCAGCAAGAAGAACUCAUUGAGAGAUAUGCCAUUAAUAUUUACCUCAGUGACAGGAUUUCCCUGCACCGCCACAUAGAGGAUAAAAGAAUGUAUGAGUGUAAAUCCAAGAAAUUUAACUAUAGGAGACUUCCCACCACUUCUGUUAUCGUUGCUUUCUAUAACGAAGCCUGGUCGACUUUGCUCCGCACCAUCCACAGUGUUUUAGAAACUUCUCCUGCAGUGCUUUUGAAGGAGAUCAUCUUAGUCGAUGACUUGAGCGACAGAGUUUAUUUGAAGACACAACUUGAAACUUACAUCAGCAAUCUCGAUAGAGUCCGCUUGAUUAGAACAAAUAAGCGGGAGGGGCUGGUUAGGGCCCGUCUCAUUGGGGCCACUUUUGCUACUGGGGAUGUCCUCACUUUCCUGGAUUGUCACUGUGAGUGUAAUACUGGCUGGCUGGAGCCACUUUUGGAAAGGAUUGCUAAAGAUGAAACAGCAAUUGUUUGUCCUGUUAUAGACACCAUUGAUUGGAAUACUUUUGAAUUCUAUAUGCAGACUGGGGAGCCCAUGAUUGGUGGGUUUGACUGGCGUCUAACGUUCCAGUGGCAUUCUGUCCCCAAACAUGAAAGGGAGAGGAGGAAAUCGAGAAUUGACCCAAUCAGAUCACCCACCAUGGCUGGAGGACUGUUUGCUGUCAGCAAAAAAUAUUUUCAUUACCUUGGAACUUACGACACUGGGAUGGAAGUGUGGGGAGGUGAAAAUCUGGAGCUGUCUUUUAGGGUGUGGCAGUGUGGAGGUAAACUGGAGAUCCACCCCUGUUCUCACGUGGGCCACGUCUUCCCCAAGCGGGCACCAUAUGCUCGGCCCAAUUUCCUGCAGAAUACUGCUCGGGCAGCGGAAGUGUGGAUGGACGGGUACAAAGAGCAUUUCUACAAUCGAAACCCUCCAGCAAGGAAAGAAGCUUAUGGCGAUAUUUCUGAAAGAAAAUUACUACGAGAACGGCUGAGGUGCAAGAGCUUUGACUGGUAUUUGAAAAAUGUGUUUUCUAAUUUACAUGUUCCAGAGGAUAGGCCAGGCUGGCACGGAGCUAUUCGCAGUAUGGGGAUCUCUUCUGAAUGUUUAGAUUAUAAUUCUCCUGACAACAACCCUACAGGUGCUAACCUUUCACUGUUUGGAUGCCACGGUCAAGGAGGCAAUCAAUUCUUUGAAUAUACUUUAAACAAAGAAAUAAGGUUUAAUUCAGUGACAGAGUUAUGUGCAGAGGUUCCUGAGCAAAAAAGUCACGUGGGAAUGCAAAAUUGUCCCAGAGAUGGGUUUCCUGUUCCAGCAAACAUUAUUUGGUAUUUUAAAGAAGAUGGAACCAUUUUUCAUCCCCACUCAGGACUGUGUCUUAGUGCUUACCGGACACCUGAGGGCCGACCUGAUGUUCAGAUGAGAACUUGUGAUGCUCUAGAUAAAAAUCAAAUCUGGAAGUUUGAGAAAUAGAAGAGCAUAACAGCACUUUCGUCCUGAGCUGACAAUAGCUUGAGGAAAGUCAAAGAGCCUUCACAGAGCCUCAGUGAAGAUUACGUUUAUCAGCAUUCACCCGAUGGUCAUCUGCGAGAGCUCUGUAAAAGCUGUGGAUCAUUUUGGUAAAAACACUGAAACUGGGUACACAGAGAGCUGCUGUUUAAUAUUUCAAAGUGCCUUACUUAUGGGUUGUUUUAUUUAAGAGCUUUGUCAAUAUGGUCUCUUCUUAAAGAACUUGACUUGAGAUACACUAAACAUUUAAGUGCCAGACUUAAUGUUAAAGAAUGUAAAAGUCCAUGCAAAACGAGGGAUGAUUUAUGUUGAUGGGUAAGUUCACUGCACAUCCCAU